AUGUCGCAACUUCAGCUGACCGAGGACAUGACCUAUGAUAUGAAGGAUUUAGAAAGCGGACCAACUACUGAUGAUGCAGCACAUGAGCCUCUGGAUGAUGAAACUUGUGCUGAGCUGCAAGUUCUUCAAAGGAAUAACAUUAAUCGUAUCGUCGAAGAGAAGAACUGGGAUGAGCUUAAUGACUUCGGAGGAGUCAUUGGAGUUGCAGAAGCAUUGGAUAGUCACCUGGAAAAUGGAAUUGCUAGUGACACUAAAAAUAUGCGUCUGCACGACGAAACAAUCAAGUUUCCUCAAACUUGUGUACCUCCUGUAUUCAUGUUCUUCCACUUCUUGCGUGAAGCACUCAAAGGCUGGACGAUUUUCUUGCUUGCACUGAAUGCAUUACUUUCUCUUGGCUUUGGAAUUUUCGAAGAAGGGAUACAGAAGUGUUGGUUCGACAAUUUGAUUCUGCUUUUAUCCGUACUCGGACUGGUAAAGUUUAAGUUGGUGUGGAUGUAUUGGGAAACAAAAAAAUUACUGAAGAAGAUGGAGGAGCGUAAAAAGAAGAUACUGAGGGAGACAAAGGAGGUCCAUGUUAUUCGAGGAGGAAUCGAGGGUCCGGUUCAAUGCUCUGAUCUUGUUUAUGGUGAUAUAAUAUGUUUAAGAAGAGGAAACCUAAUCCCUGCAAAUGGGUUAUUUGUUUCUAAUUGUGGGGAAGCGUUAGAGGUAGGAGAUAACGAUGAUGAUGAUGUGAAGUUGUUUAUCAGUGAGAAGAACCCAUUUUUGUUAAUUGGUUCCAAAGUGAUUAAGGGUUAUGCUAAGAUGAUAGUGACAUCGUCUGUUGGCGAUGAGGCAGAAUGGACUGAAAGAAUGAGAAGAGCAAUAGCUGAAACUUCGCAUAAAGCUUUCGGUUUUGGUGCUUGUUUUGAGAAGUUGCGCACCACGAUUCAUGUUAUUGGGCUUGUCAUCAAUAUUCUAACCCUUGUGGUUUUGUUCGUGCGCUUUAAAUUCGGGCAGAAAGAUAAUGAGUACGGACAGAGACCAGAAACUAAGGAAGAACCAGUUGAAUUUAGACGGAUAGUAAAUUCCAUCAGAAAAUUUGUUAGAGAUCAAUCCAAAUUGACAACCUUGCUUUGUGUUUCACUGGUGGGGAUGACGGAAGGAUUACCUCUCGUUGUAGCAAUAGCAAUUGCGUAUUGGAAAGGGAAGAUAGUAUCAAACAAGGACUAUUCCAAAGUUAAUAUAGCAUUGCUCCUCGAGACAGAGUCGUCAGUUACUAUCAUUUGUUCCGCAAAGACUGGUUGGUUAGCACAGGAGAAUCAUCAGGAAGUUGUCAAAGAUGCUGUUGAAACUCUCACAGAAGGUGAAGUGAAGAUCAUAUUUGUCUCAGAAGAUGAUGUUGAUGAACUUAAAAACGUCGUCCGUGAAGCUGGGUUGGUUAAUAACCUUAACUCCGACGAUACUCUGGUGGUUAAAGGUGAGGAUUUUCAUCAAUUAACUGAUGAGGAAAGGAUGGAGAAAGUAGAUAGAAUCUGCAUAAUGGGAAAUUCCUCCCUUACUCACAAGCUGCUUCUGGUAAAGUGUUUGAAGCUAAAAGGCAAAGUGGUUCAUGUGCUUGGCGAAUGCAUAGCUGAUGGUUUGGUAAUCGAAAAGGCAGACUUUGGCCUGUAUAUAGAUACUUGGAGUUUUGAUUACCUGAUAGGUAUGAUCAAGUUUGGAAGAUUUAUUAGUGGGAAUAUGAGGAAACUUAUCCAAAUUGAGCUCAUUCUGACUUUUGCUAGUUUGUCAAUAAACUUGAUCUCAGUUAUGUUUACGGGGGAUGCUCCGUUAACAACUCUUCAGUUAGUCUGGCUCCAUUUUCUUGUUACAUUUCCUGGAGGUGUAGCAUUGCUCUCAGGAGUGGAGGAUGAAAUGUUAGUAAUUAGACGACGUAAACCACUAAUAACAAAGGCAAUGUGGAGGAACAUAAUAAUUCAAGUUACUUAUCAGGUUGGCAUCUUUGUGGCCUUUCAAUGCAAAGGAAAAGCCAUCCACGGCAUCAGCGGUCAAGAGAUUAAUUCCAUAAUAUUCAAUGCAUUUGCUCUCUGCCAAUUGCUCAACAUAUUCUGUGCCAGAGAGCCGGAGAAGAAGAACGUCUUUAACGGUCUUGGUUAUAAUUUUUGGUUUUGGACAGCGGCUGGAUUUUCUCUUAUUUUGCAGGUGGCAUUUGUUGAGGUAGCACCAAUAUUUAGCAACAGUUCGCGACUGAACUGGAAGCUAUGGGUUGUAUGCUUUUUAAUUGCUGCUGCUACAUGGUUCUUUGAUUGGGCAGGAAAGUAUGCAUCAGAACUGCUUCUUCGUCUAUGUGCAUUAGACUCAAUUGUGGAUCAUGAGUAA